AUGGACCAAUACCAUAAGUAUGUUAAUGAUCUGAUAAUGGCAACGAACGCAAAAGCUGCCAAGCUAUUCAAUGCGAUUCUCUAUUUGAUAUUUGCAAUAGCCAUCAGGUUCUCGGGAAUUCAUCCAGAAAGACCACAUAAGAUUUCGAUAGAACUCAAACCUGGAAUAGAGGAAGAUUUGUUUCACUCAGCAUAUGAAACCGCCUCAAAAUUAAGUCUUGAGUGGCAAUCCCUUGAAUCAACUCAAUCGUGGGUUUUGAUAACAUUCUCUUUAAGAGCAGCGCACCGUCAAACUUCAUCGUAUACUUCAUUGGGAUUGCUAGUAGAAUGCGUAAAGGAAUGCUGCUCAAGAUUGAUAUCAUUAUUAAGACAAACAGGGACCAAGAGUAUGAAGAGAUCAAAGCCAAAAGGAUGUUCUGGUUAG